AUGGUUCUUAAAUUGUAUUACGAUUUAAUGUCUCAACCAUCCAGAGCCUUAUAUAUUUUACUGAAUACGGCAAAGUGUAAUUUUGAGUCAAAACUUGUUGAUUUGCGCAAAGGAGAGCAUUUUUCAGAAGAAUUCACUGCCGUUAAUAGGCUUCAAAGAGUACCUGUUAUUGAUUAUAAUGGAUUUGUAUUAAGUGAAAGUAUUGCUAUUGUGAAGUACUUGGCCGGAGAGAAUUUAAUACCUGACCAUUUAUAUCCAAAAGAUAAUAAAUUACAAGCUCGGGUUGAUGAAUUCUUAGAAUGGCAUCAUAUAGGUCUAAGACUUCAUUGUUCUAUGUAUUUUAGGGCUAAGCAUUUGGAUCCAAUCAUAACUGGUAAAAUACCAGAUGCAAAAACACUAAAGGGGUAUGAAAGGAGAAUGGUUUCAGCUUUAGAUUUAUUUGAAAGCAAAUGGCUUAACAAUGGUACAGAAUUUGUUGCUGGCAACACAAUCACUGUAGCAGAUUUAUUUGCAGCCUGUGAAUUGGAGCAACCAAGAAUGGCUGGAUAUGAUCCAGCAGAUCAUUUUAAAGAUAUCUCCGUGUGGUGGAAGAAAGUAAGGGAUCACUUUAAUCCAGUUUAUGAAGAAGCACAUGUCAUACUCAACAAAAUUGUUGAUAAAGGACAAAAAGCGAAGCUA